CUUGCUGCAGGCGGAUUGGCAGCCAGCAGCUCCCGGGCUCCGUGUCGUCCCCGCGCCCACCGCUCCUUUGUGUCCAGCGGCCGCCGCCCGGGCGCGGGGGGCCUCGGCGGGCAGCCAGCUUCCUCGCGCGCCGGACUCUAAGGGCGACACGUGCGGGCCCCGGGUCCCGGAGGAGCAGAGGCGGAGCCGGGGCGGAGGCGCGGCGGCCAGGAGCAGCGACCAGGGAUCCGCAGCGCUGCCCGCGCCCGGCGGCAGUUCAUUCCGGGCCCGCUCUGUUCUGCAGCGGCAGCGCCGCGGUACAGGCGCGCGAGGGCCACGGCUGGGGGAUGAGCUGACUGCAGUGAAAGCGUCGCUCCGGCCCCCUCCAGGCCUCCGGCCGCAGUCUCCCCGCCGCCUUGCCUGCCGCGAUCAUGUACGUAUGCGUCGCCGUCCUGCCACGGUCCGGGUCCGGGACGUGCCACGCACCCUGGUUGUGCCCACUCGCUCACUCUGCCCCUCUCGGCUCCGCAGGUCUAUCCACAUCGUGGCGCUGGGGAACGAGGGCGACACUUUCCACCAGGACAACCGGCCGUCGGGGCUCAUCCGCACGUACCUGGGGAGAAGCCCGCUGGUGUCGGGGGACGAGAGUAGCUUGUUGCUGAACGCCGCCAGCACAGUUGCGCGCCCGGUCUUCACCGAGUACCAGGCCAGUGCUUUCGGGAACGUCAAGCUGGUAGUGCACGACUGUCCCGUCUGGGACAUUUUUGACAGUGAUUGGUACACCUCCCGAAAUCUAAUUGGGGGUGCCGACAUCAUUGUGAUCAAAUACAAUGUCAAUGACAAGUUUUCAUUCCAUGAAGUAAAGGAUAAUUAUAUUCCAGUGAUUAAAAGAGCAUCGAACUCAGUUCCAGUCAUCAUUGCGGCUGUUGGUACGAGACAAAAUGAAGAAUUACCUUGUACAUGCCCACUGUGUACUUCAGACCGAGGGAGCUGUGUUACCACCACAGAAGGGAUCCAACUUGCCAAAGAACUGGGAGCUACCUAUCUGGAACUCCACAGCCUUGAUGAUUUCUACAUCGGAAAGUACUUUGGAGGAGUGUUGGAGUAUUUUAUGAUUCAAGCCUUAAAUCAGAAGGCAAGUGAAAAAAUGAAGAAAAGGAAGAUGACGGGCUCCUUCCAUGGAAUUCGACCUCCUCAGCUGGAACAGCCAGAAAAGAUGCCUGUCUUGAAAGCUGAAGCAUCACACUAUCACUCCGACUUGAAUAACUUGCUGCUCUGCUGCCAGUGUGUUGAUGUGGUCUUUUACCACCCGGAAGUGGUGGGUGUCGUGGAAGCCCACAGGAUCGUUCUCUGCUCUGUAAGCCAUGUUUUCAUGCUGCUUUUCAAUGUGAAGAGCCCUCACGACAUUCAGGAUUCCAGUAUCAUCCGAACCACCCAGGAUCUCUUUGCCAUAAACAGAGAUGCUGUGCUUCCAGGUGCUAGCCAAGAAUCCUCCAGCAACCCGCCAUUGCGCGUCAUUGUUAAGGAUGCCCUCUUCUGCUCGUGUUUGUCAGACAUUCUGCGCUUCAUUUAUUCAGGUGCUUUUCAGUGGGAAGAACUUGAAGAAGAUGUCAGGAGGAAGUUGAAAGAUUCAGGGGAUGUUUCUGAUAUAAUCGAGAAAGUUAAAUGCAUUUUAAAAACACCAGGAAAGAUUAAUUGCCUGAGGAAUUGCAAGACAUACCAAGCCAGGAAGCCUCUGUGGUUUUAUAAUACAUCUCUCAAGUUUUUCCUUAACAAACCAAUGCUUGCCGAUGUUGUCUUUGAAAUACAAGGAGCAACUGUGCCAGCCCACAGGGCCAUCUUGGUGGCGCGAUGUGAAGUAAUGGCCGCCAUGUUUAAUGGUAAUUAUAUGGAAGCCAAGAGUGUACUGAUUCCAGUUUAUGGCGUUUCCAAAGAGACAUUCUUGUCAUUUUUAGAAUACUUAUACACAGACUCUUGCUGCCCAGGUACGCAGUAUGCAUUGACAAUAUUUCAUCAUACUUUCUUUUUACUCAUUUUGAUAGAUUGCUCUCUAUCAAAUUGUUUUGUUUAAGGUCUGUCAGAGUUGAUACUGUGGCAUUUGCUGAUCGGUUUAGAGUUGUGAUAGGGAGAGCAUUGCAUUCUCAGUUAGUUCAAGUGGAAGAGCAGUGUGUAGGAGCCUUCUAUGCACUCACACGCCCUAGCUGCCACUAACAGCAAGGUUACUGAUUACCCUAGGUACCUAGGAACAGUUAUUUGGGGUACCUAGUGGCCGCUCUAAUUUUAGAGUUUAGGGAGCACUACCUUUUCAAUAAGACAUGGUCCUCACAUCUGGUUGAGAUAUAUUUUUCAGGACUUUUAAUAUUGAGACUCCUAUGAUCUU